GCGCCUGCGUGUGGACGCGCCUGCGUGUGGCAGGUGCCGGCGGUGGCAGUGGCAGCGGCAGCCGCGUCCACCUGAGGGGAGAGCCGCCGCUGCGCCCUGGCGCGCCUUCCCGCCGCCGCCGCCCUCCUCCUCCUCCUCCUCCUCCUCCUCUUCUUCCUCGCUCCCUGCACCAUGAGGGAAGAGGCGCCGCCGUGAGCUGCUCGGCCGCUUCCUAACACCGUCCUCCAGGCGAGGCGUCCCCCUCGCCGCCGCCGCCCGUCCUACCCCGGGGGAAGCUAUGAGCCAUGAAGCCGCCUGGCAGAACUUCCCUCCGGCGGCAGAAGCAGCAGCAGCCGCCCUUCUCCGGCCGCCGCCGCCUCUCGAGCUCCGCCGCCGCCGCCUUGCUUUGCCCGGCUGGGCUGCCCAGCUCCAUCCCCCUCCUCUUUCUGGCGCUCCUGCUUUUCUGCUCAGGGUCCCCCAGGAUCUGCGGGGUCGCUGCGGACGCCGCUCUGCAUUGGAAUGAAACUGCAGAAGAACUAGAAAAAAGCCAGGCAGAUGAAGAUACUGCAUUUCAACAGACUAACAGCAGUAGCUACAAAAAUAACAGUCGAAGCAGUGCAUUCCAGAAAGAAAUCACAUUGCCUUCAAGACUUGUAUAUUAUCUCAAUAGAGACUCUGAAAGUCCUUAUCAUGUCUUGGAUACAAGGACAAGGCACCAGCAAAAACACAAUAAGGCUGUGCAUCUGGCUCAGGCAAGUUUCCAGAUUGAAGCCUUUGGAUCUGAAUUUAUUCUUGACCUCUCCCUGAAUAAUGAUUUAUUAUCCUCUGAUUAUGUGGAGAUUCAUUAUGAAGAAGGAAAACCACAAUAUUCAAAGGGAGGAGAACACUGUUACUAUCAUGGGAACAUCAGAGGUGUUGAGAACUCCAAAGCUGCGCUUUCAACAUGCAAUGGACUCCAUGGUAUGUUUGAAGAUAGUUAUUACCUAUAUUUGAUAGAGCCUUUGGAAUUGACUCACAGUACGAGAAGUACAGGUAGACCACAUGUCAUCCAGAGGACGUUGGGAACAAAUACUUCCAAGCAAUUGGAAGACCUUGAUUAUGACUCUACUUCUGAAUGGCCCUUCCUGUCUGAGUUGCAAUGGCUAAGACGGAAAAGAAGGAGGAGAGCUGUUUCCCGCGGCAUAUUUGAAGAAAUGAAAUACUUGGAGCUCAUGAUUGUUAAUGACUAUAAAAUGUUUAAAAAGCACCGAUCAUCCCAUGCUUACACGAACAACUUUGCGAAAUCUGUGGUAAAUCUUGUGGAUGCUAUUUACAAGGAGCAGCUGAAUACCAGGGUUGUUUUGGUUGCUGUUGAAACGUGGUCGGACAGAGAUCGUAUAAAUGUCCACCCUGACCCAAGACAGAUGCUUCAUGAUUUUUCCAAAUAUCGACAGAAUUUCAUCAAGCAGCGUGCUGAUGCUGUACACCUUCUCUCGAAUGUGACAUUUCAUUACAAAAGAAGCAGCCUGAGCUAUUUUGGAGGAAUUUGUUCUGUGUCUAGAGGUGUUGGAGUAAAUGAGUAUGGCCUACCCUGGGCGAUGGCACAAGAACUAUCCCAAAGUCUGGCUCAGAAUUUAGGAAUACAGUGGGAGCCAGGGGCCAGAAAACCAAAAGGAUGUGAGUGCACAGAAUCCUGGGGUGGAUGCAUCAUGGAAGAAACAGGUGUCUACCACCCCAGAAAAUUCUCAAGGUGCAGCAUUGCAGAAUACAAAGAUUUUUUGCUUCGAGGGGGAGGUUCCUGUCUUUUCAACAAGCCAACAAAGUUGUUUGACACCACUGAAUGUGGAAAUGGGUAUGUGGAACCAGGAGAAGAUUGUGAUUGUGGUUUCCAAACGGAUUGCAAAGCAGAUCUGUGCUGUAAGAAAUGCUCACUUUCUAAUGGAGCUCAUUGCAGUAAUGGUCCAUGUUGUAAUGAAACCUCCUGUCUUUUCUUUCCCCGAGGCUUCGUAUGUCGCUCUCCAGUGAAUGAGUGUGAUAUUACAGAGAUCUGUCCUGGGGACUCUGGCCAGUGCCCACCAAAUCUUCAUAAGCAAGACGGGUUUGCUUGUGAUGCAAAUCAGGGUCGUUGCUACAAUGGAGAAUGCAAGACGAGAGAUAAUCAGUGCAAAUACAUCUGGGGAACGAAGGCUUCAGGAUCUCAUAAACACUGUUACGAGAAGCUAAACACAGAAGGCACGAAAAAGGGAAACUGUGGAAAGGAUGGAGAGAAAUGGAUUCCAUGCAACAAGCAUGAUGUGUUCUGUGGGUUAUUGCUUUGUGCAAAUCUUGAUGGAGUUCCACGAAUUGGUCACCUUCAGGGAGAAAUCAUCCCAACUUCUUUUUUCCACCAAGGUGUAGUAGUGAAUUGCAGUUGUGCCCACGUACUUCUAGAUGAUGAUACAGAUUUAGGAUAUGUUGAAGAUGGAGCUCCGUGUGGUCCUCAGAUGAUGUGUAUGGACAGAAGGUGUCUGUCUAUCCAGUCUCUGAAUAUAAGCAGCUGCCCUAUUGGUGCUAAUGGAAAAGUUUGUUCUGGACAUGGGGUAUGCAGCAAUGAAGCCACCUGCAUUUGUAACUAUACCUGGGCAGGGACAGAUUGUAGCAUGCAUGACCCCAAAAGGAAAGAAGAAGCAGAGAAACCAAAUGGACCAAAGGAAAUGUCAAAAAGAGAAGAUACGAUCCAAGUCAGCAGGGUAUCUAAGGAACUCCUUGGAAGAGCUUUUCUGUGCAUUACUGGAUUCCAGACAUGGUGGCUUUUUGUAGUAGCUGCACAGAAAGUACGUCACUGCAGAAGAAAAUUAAGACGAGUGAUUUACUACAAAUGGCAAGUGGAGAUACUUAUGAAAGGGCUGAAGGAAAACUUGUCCUUUUCGGAGAUUCACAUUUAAGAACUCCCUCCACUCAUUUCUCCUUUUUUUAAGGUGAUAAGAAACGGGACAGAUGUUAUAAAUGAACUAUUUUGGCCGAACUUUUUUAAAUACAAAGAACAGAGCAAACAAAUCAAGUGCAAUAAGAGAACUGUUUCAAAAUAGUCAAAUAGGUAAAAAGUUUCAUAACUGAUAACUUGAGUUCGCAUGACCUUUUAAUAUUAACGACAGACUCCAGUGGCAUGAUAAGCUAACUUUUGAAAUGGUAAACUGCAUGGCAUAUAUACAGCAAACGAGCUAACAAGCUGACCCCAAGCCGAGUCUGCAUACCAAGAAAACAAACCAAAACAUAGAAAUGCUGAUUCUGGGUACUUAGGAAAUCACGUUCCACCAAGAUACACUAUUCUCCAAGUUGUACAACCCCUUCCUAAUAUAUAUUCCUCAUUCAUCUCAAUUUUAUUUUGGGGGCAAUCUUAUUUAUGGUCCUGCAGGUCUUGUAUAGUUUUCAGUAUAAAAAUGAGCAAUUUUUGCCAUGCCAUUCUCAGAUAGUGACACAUUUUCUUAAGGGUUUUGUUCUAUGUGUGAUUCUAUCUUCUCGGGUUGUAAAGCUUUCUUAAAACAUUGCUCCCCUUUUAAGUUUUUGUAGCAUGUUGUAUAGCGGGGGUUCUGGGCUUGCUCUCAAAGGCAUAUCGCAUGCAGACACAGGGAGUUCUAGCAGAAAACAGGCGUGCUUUUUAAAUUUGUAUGCUUGAAACCAAAAAACAAAAAACAAAAACACUCACCCAUCCAAAACCUAUUAAUAUGUAUAAAGUGCAUAUGUAUGCAACGAAUCUUUUCAAAUGCAUUAUUUGCUGUCAUGCAGAUAUUUUGUAUAUAGUGUAAGAAGUCAACACCCUCUCAAAUCAAUCACAGAAGUGCCAAGCUUAUAACUCUUUAAUUUUACCAUCUGUUUUCCUUUCUCGAUCUCACAUUAUACGAAAGGAAAAGAAGCCUAAAGAAGCCUUAAAUACCCAUAAAAAUACUGAGAGCUUUUAACAGGUUAAGGCUUUCCCAUGUAUUGUUUUAUAGUCCCCAGCACCAGCUCACCUCCCAGGUCCCCAUCCAUUUAUAAAAGUGAUCCCAAUAGCCAUGUCUCUGAGUUGACCUGCGUAGUAUGUCUCUUUCAAGUCACAGCCUCGAAUGUUACUUCCUAGACUAUUUGUGGUUACUGUCAUGGCUCAGCUCCCUUUGGCCAAAUAAGAAAGGUAUCAUUGUAUAUGUUCAGGUAGCGCUUCUCCAUGCUUAAGCACAGUGGGGUGCAUUCUUCUCCCUCUCCUGGCCCACAAGCCUCUGAGCACUGCUAUCAGGUGUAAUCACAGAUGCGAAGAGCAGCAAUGGCACCUGCCAUUAGCAUGCCACAGUGAGUUGCAUUGUGAAUAAGGCUGGCUGGGGUACAAUUCUGCACGGUGCUUGUGAAAAGGCUUUAUGCCAAAGUCCAGAUCAACGUCCUGCUGCACUGCUGCUGCAAAAACGCUUGCCAAUUUUCCACGCCUUUAGUGGCAAGUCAUUCUGCAUUCAGCCAGCUAUGAUUUUCAAGAUGGCAAGUAUCUCGUAACCCGAUUCCUACUGCAUCAGAUGGAUAUGAAUAGAAAGUGCUGUACAUGCUUGGUCUGGUUCUCAUUUAUGUCAGUGAUAGGCUACUUUUUGAUUACGAUUGGCCUUUGGUUUGUACUCCAAAAGCUUUCAUUCUGGUUACAAGUAUUCAGGUAUCCUAGUAUAAUUCAGCUGCUCUGGUAAAAAUGACCUCCAGUGCAUAUUGAUGUAAACAUUUUACCCUUUUUAAAAUUAUUUUCCCCAUUGCAUAAUUUGGAAUGGUCUUUAAAAUGAAGCAGGCUGUGAUACUUUUAAAUUUACAUUGAGUUAGAUUUUGAAUUUAACUGUAGGCAUUAAGUAAUGGGAGCGUAGAGAUACUUUUAAUUCCUCAAACUGCAGUAGCAGUUGUAGAUUAUCACAGUGGCCCUCACCCUAUAAUCCUAUAACGUUUUAUGGGCAAGUCACAGCGGUUUAAUGGGUGACAGUUUUCACAGAGUUAUAUACCUGAUUAAAAUGUGCUAAAGACGCAGUGGGAAGGCGGCGUUGCUGGAAUGCAUCUUGAUAUAUAGCAUUCACGAUGCUCUAAUAAAGGCAGUCUUGCAGGCUGUGCAUCUUACUUCCCUUCUUAGAUCUGAGUCUCUAAAAGCAAACUAUUACCUGGGUCACACUUAGUGGUAAGGCAAACCAUAGCUUAGUGCAAGUGCGCUGGUUUCCAGAGAGGAGCUGAAGGCUGCAUUGCACCUUAUUGGGGUCUUGCUACUGAUCUGUGCUGAGCCGUGGUUUGGCUCAGAUGACCUGCUAAGCCAAACCAUGGCUUAACUCACUGCAACAAGAGGACCGGACGAGGAGCGAGUGGCUGCAGUCUCUGGAAGCCUUCAUACUUGGGUUGAGCCAUAGUUUGGCUUAGCGUUACACGCAAACUGAGCCAGUGUGUUCCCUUUCGGGUCUUCCCACUUGCGUCACAAUAUCGACGAGCAGAGCUAUCUUGCUUAAUGUCACUUUGCUUUUGACCAUAUCUGGGAUAAGGGUAUCUAAAUUGGUGCUGGGGUCUCCUUUUUGGUUCUGUUCUGGGAGCGACGUGGUAACCACAGUAGACAACGCCAUUCAAUAUGGUCCUAAAAAUCAGAUUGUUGUAUUUUUAAAAAAUCUUGAAGUGAUUCAAAAAAAACAUUGUAAAUGUGCGAUGUGAUGUUUUUAAUCAGACCACACUGGUCCCCAAUUAUGUAUAUAUGGUAAGAGUUGGUGUAACUUUUUGUUACACUAGCAGUUUCAUAAGAAAUAUUAUUUCUUGUCUAAAUUUCUCCUCUGCUGUUCUGUUCUGUGUACGUGUGUUUAAAAUACACAAAUUUUAUGUAUAGAAUGUAAAUGACCACGCAACCACAUAGCUCACAGAAGUGGAUUGUAAUGUUUUCCGUGGUACUAGAGUUAUAUAAUCAAACCUGUUAAGGUAGGUACUUACUUUUUUAGAAAUUUCAUUUACCACAUUUUUAAGAGAACAUAUGUUGCCUAUGUUGAUUGCCUUUUUUUUUUUUUACCACAACCAGUGUCAUUUUAAUGGUGUUUUGACAGAAUAAAUGUUAAGUUACCAUUUCAUCCACUAUUCUUCUGUUCCAUAAAAAGGGUUCAUCCUGACAGGAAAAUGUAUGGAAAUUUUAUAUAGCUUAUGUUGAUAUGCUGCAUGAUCUCACUGAACUGAGCAAAUUCUCUACAAGGGGAAAGCUCCACUACGCAAAUUGAAUAUAUAUAUAUACAUAUAUAAAUAUUCUAGGUGCAUGUUAUAAUAAAUUACAUAGAACUGGAGUUUUACAAAGUUUUCUUUACUAUGCAAUGAUAGGUAUUGCACAAACUUAAAAUUCAAAGACAAAUGUCUGAGGAACUUUACAAAAGAAUACUUGAAUUUAUUUUUGAUCUAAGAAGCUUUCAGUCAUAUUUUAUAUUCAUUGUUGCUUCCACUAUUAAUCUUCCUUUAAAAUUGUUUGUAAUUCUUUUUAAAAUGCACAAUAUGACGAACCAGUUUUUGUUUGAAGUUAAUACUCAUUCAUACCUUGUUGGCUGCCGAUGAAUGGAAAUUCAGUUGUCAUUGUUCUGCAUAUUAGUUAAAUGAGUAUUAAAGAGUUCAUGAACAUGGAAAGCUA